UCUCUUUAGUUUCAUUUAUAUAAGCUAGUUGUCAUGAGUUAAUAGUGUUUUUUUUGUAGUUUAUCAAGGCCGGACAGUGUUGCUGUGAAUCCAGGGUCGCUGUCUUAGAGUUUGGUUCCUGUGGCACUGUUUGUUGCGCGGUACAAAAAAAGGUUUAUAUCACAGCAACAACCUUUCCCGUUUUGUACGCUAAAUUGAGUUUUGUACUGCCAAUUUCCACCCAUGUUUAGAGGGUAAUGUGGUUUUUGCUCGGUGUGUAUACCAUAGUCCCGUCCUCUCUGCACUGCAGUCAGCACUACUCGCACAUUUGGCGUAGGAAGGUCACGUUACAAAGUGGGUCGGCACUAUCUGCUGCUGCUGGAGAGAGGAGGACUGCGCAAAAACCACGGCCCGGAUUUGUGCCUGCCUUACGUCAUGGGAAGCCUCGGACCUCACUGACAGGAUCCAACAACGAGAGGCACCGGGGAUGAUGUGUGACCAACAAACAGCGGGCCGGGAGAUGUCGACGAGCACACGGCUGUUUUGAGCCAUACACUCGCCCGUAGAGUAAAAACCAGUCACGGAGAAUUAUCGCUCUGAUUGCGGCUUUCCAUGAGAGUGCCUCUCCGCUGUUAAAGGGACAACUACGGCUGUUUUCUACCUCAAAAACGAGCUGGUGACCAGGGAAGGAUAAGCAGCUGGAUAACUAAUCCCCCAGGACUGUCACAUUCACGGCGGGGUUUGGAUCCGAUAGAAAUGGACAUGCAUGCAGGGCAGCACAGACUGGAUUAAACGAUAGGGAAUAAAAGAGACGCCGCGAACAAAGUGUACCCGAAUAAGUGUUAUGCCAGUUAAUCCGUGUGGUCUUUAUUUGACUGGAAAUGGGAGCUUUAAUAAGCAGACAAAACAUAGGCGUGGAAGAACUGGACAUUCCGUCCAGUUCGGUGUACCGUUAUCCACCGAAAUCUGGAAGUUACUUCGCCAGCCAUUUCAUCAUGGGGGGAGAGAAGUUUGACUCCACCCAUCCGGAGGGUUACCUGUUUGGGGAAAACACUGACCUUAACUUCCUGGGGACGAGACCUGUGGCGUUCCCAUACGCAGCCCCUCCGCCUCAGGAACCAGUUAAGACGUUACGAAGCCUUAUAAACAUCCGUAAGGACACUCUGCGGCUUGUACGGUGCAGCGAGGACCUGAAGCUGCCGGGUGACGAGGCGGAGGGGAAGAACAGGGCCUGCUACAACGUAGAGUUCACCUUCGACGCUGACACACAGGUGGCCAUAACCAUUUACUACCAGGCCAUGGAGGAGUUUCACAAUGGAGUGCCAGUGUACCUGCCUCAGGACAGCUCUCUGCAGUCUGAGACGGUGCAUUUUAAGAGGGGAGUGUGCCAGCAGUUCUGCCUGCCCUCACACACCGUCAACCUCAGCGAGUGGGCCGACGAGGAGCUGCUCUUUGACGUGGACAAAGAGGUUUUCCCCAUGGUGGUACAAGCUGUUGUAGACGAGGGGGAUGAACAUCUGGGCCACUCUCACAUACUGCUGGCUACAUUUGAAAAGCACAUGGACGGGAGCUACUGUGUGAAGCCUCUAAAGCAGAAACAAGUGGUGGAUGGAGUGAGUUAUCUACUGCAGGAGAUCUAUGGCAUCGAGAACAAAUACAACAGCCAAGAAUCAAAGGUUGCUGACGAUGAGAUCAGUGACAACAGUGCUGAGUGUGUGGUGUGUUUGUCGGAUGUGCGGGACACACUGAUCCUGCCGUGCAGACACCUGUGUCUCUGCAACGCCUGCGCAGACACUCUGCGUUACCAGGCCAACUGCUGCCCCAUCUGCAGGCUGCCAUUCAGAGCUCUGCUGCAGAUCCGAGCCAUGAGGAAGAAACUGAGUCCUCUGUCACCCUCCAGCUUUAACCCCGUCAUCACUUCACAGACCUCUGACUCUGAGGAACACUCGGCGUCGGAGCACAUCCCUCCAGGCUACGAGGUGGUGUCUCUCCUGGAGGCGUUGAACGGCCCCCUCAGCAGCACCGUGGUGAACCCUCCUCUCAACUCCGGUCCCAGCAAUGUUGCCGGGACGCUGCCUCCGUACAGCAGUGAGCCUCACCCGGCGCCGGCCCGCUCCCUCUCCCCGCUCGACCACUCCAACUCCAGUCAGGGACUCAAACUCAAGAAGAGUGGUUCAAAGUGAGUAUAAGCGACAGCUAAUGCUAGCACAUAA